UUGACGACAAACGUUUCAAUAAUUCGGAAGUUCAUUGAAAAUUAAUAAUCGCUGAGAAUGGAACGGGUAAUACUGGAAAAAACAUAAACUCAGAAAUGGCUUAUGGCAUAGAUGCGUUUUCUUUCCUCAACAGGAAGUUCAAAGUAUUCAUUUUGCUCAUUUUUGGAACAAUUUUAGUCGUAAGCUGGGCAACAGUGAAUCGUAACAGAAGUGUUGUUGCAAAUGAGGCAAGGAUAUCCCAAAGAGUUCUUGAGGAUUUGAAAGAAAAUUUACAAAAAUAUAAUAUAGAGACAUUUGAUGAAAAAUUGAAGCCACUUGAGUUAAGAAUUACCAAUUUGGAAAACAAGGAAAGAAAAUAUCCUCCAGUAAAAUAUUUAUCUGAAAAAGAUCGCAAGAGAAUAUUAGUGACAGGUGGGGCAGGAUUCGUUGGAUCUCAUCUGGUUGAUGCUUUACUUAUGGCUGGCCAUGAGGUCACUGUUGUAGAUAAUUUUUUCACAGGAAGAAAACGAAAUAUUGAGCAUUGGAUUGGACAUGAAAAUUUUGAACUCUUAAAUCACGAUAUUGUGGAACCAGUUUUAUUAGAAGUUGACCAGAUUUAUCAUCUGGCAUCACCAGCAUCACCUCCUAACUAUAUGUACAAUCCCAUUAAGACAAUAAAGACAAAUACCUUGGGAACUCUUAAUAUGCUUGGUCUGGCUAAGAGAGUACAUGCAAGGCUUUUAUUGGCUUCAACAUCAGAGGUGUACGGAGAUCCAGAGGAACAUCCCCAGCGAGAGGAGUACUGGGGCCAUGUCAAUCCGAUUGGACCUCGAGCGUGUUACGACGAAGGCAAACGUGUUGCUGAGACAAUGUGUUAUGCAUACGCCAAACAGGACCAUGUUGAAGUGCGUGUGGCCAGAAUAUUCAACACAUUUGGACCCAGAAUGCACAUGAAUGACGGUCGUGUUGUUAGUAACUUCAUCAUGCAAGCUUUAGAAGGGAAGCCACUAACGGUUUACGGAAGUGGAAAGCAAACAAGGUCGUUUCAGUAUAUCAGUGAUUUGGUCAAUGGAUUAAUUCUUCUGAUGAACAGUGAUUUCUCCCAACCAGUCAACAUAGGAAAUCCAGUGGAAUACACAAUAAUGGAGUUUGCGGAAAUGAUUAGUGCAACCGUUGGUGGCAAAACAAUGAUCUCGAACGUUGCAAAGAUGGAAGACGAUCCUCAGAGACGUAAACCAGAUAUAUCUCGCGCCAGGAAAUACCUUGGCUGGGAGCCAAAGGUGCCUUUGCUAGUCGGCCUCAAUCGAACAAUUGCAUAUUUUAAAAAAGAGCUGGACAAAUCCAAGAAAUCCAAGUUAAUCGACCUGUAGCGACUCAAGAAGAUUUUGUGUAUUAUUAACGCAAAAGGAGUGUCUUGCUAUUGAAUUCAGCCCAGAAAUAAGCCAACUACGACGUGAUAAGAAAGUUAACCACGCAAAGAGAGACUUUCAUUAGUUCAGCCGACACACUUUUUUGAAGGACAGCUCAAAUUGUAGGAGGAGCAUUUUACGAAUUUUUGUUUGACAACAUCACAUAGAACAAAUGAUGAAACAGUAACCUCUAGGCCUUGUGAUUUACAAAUCAAAACACUAAAUAGAGGAAGAUACGAAAAACGCAUGCGCUUUUUGGUUUUGAAAGAAUGAAUGAAAAAGUUUGCUUUCGUAUUUGUUUUGUACAUCAUACAUGAAUUUUCAUUAUUUAUUAAUUUAUUUAAUAGUUUUUUAAAUUUUACAAGUGAUCUUAAGUUGGCUUGGUGUAGCGCUGAGUAGCUUCGUUUUCUUUUCAGUAAUAGUUUAACCCAGUCUCCUUCACAGCCGUUUUUUAGACUAUUUUGAACUCUCACCAUCCACACAACUGAGAACAUUUUCCUGUGCUUAACGUGCACUACAUGUUUCUGGGUUCCAAUUUUCUACACCGGUUUCCUUUUGUUUUUCGAUUCGUUGUGGAAUCUGUACUAUAAUCAAUUCGUAAAGCUGCGCCCAGGUCGCCGCUGUUUUUUUGUAACCUGAAAACUAUAAAAUAAAUUCGUAUGUCGUAAGG